AUGUCCGCACACCACCGACACCCUCCGUCCCCGGUGGUCCUUCUGGUAUACCCAGUGACCUUGCUGCUGGGAUCGCUCUUCUCGAUUAUCUCUCCAACAGCGCGCGCAUCCAGGGGACAUACGACUGCAUCGUCUCCGUCUGGACCUCUGGCACCCUCCCUCGCUGCCGACCUACACAUCUCCGAAAGUCCGGUCAACUACUUCGCUCGGAAGAACAACAUCUUCAAUCUAUACUUUGUGAAAAUUGGGUGGCUGUGGACAACACUAGCCUUCUUCUCACUUCUCCUUUGCCAACCAGCCUACCGCUCUUCGUCCUCGUCCUCCCAAACCCAACAGCAAACACGCCCUCGACGCAUCCUCCAGGCCUCCAUCCGUUAUAUACUUGCGACCUCAAUAUGGUACUUGAUGACACAGUGGUUCUUUGGCCCUGCAAUUAUUGAUCGCAGCUUCGUUAUCACGGGCGGAAAAUGUGAACAGGUAUUGAACGAGGUUGGCAAGAUAGGCUCAGAGGAGAGCCCAGCCGUCCACUUGGAGACUCUGUUUAGCGCUGUCGCUUGCAAGGCUGCUGGUGGGUCUUGGAAAGGUGGGCAUGAUAUCAGUGGACAUGUCUUCAUGCUGGUUCUCGCAACUGCGCUUCUAUCUUUCGAGGCGAUCGGCGUCGGGGCUUUCACUGCACCAUCCGUAACCUCGCAAGCCAACGGCGAGACAACUCGCGACCGCAAGCCGAGUGACCCCACAAGCCCUUUGACUAGUGAACAACUGCAUACACCUGGGACGAUGAGAACCUGGUCCCUGCGCCUAGUCUGGAGCGUUGUUGGACUUGGCUGGUGGAUGCUUUUCAUGACGGCUAUUUGGUUUCAUACGUGGCUGGAGAAGUGGACCGGUUUGUCAGUGGCACUGGCAUCCAUAUAUAUUGUCUACAUCCUCCCAAGAACAUUGGCGCCUUGGAGAGAGAUGAUUGGCCUUCCGGGAGUCUGA